CCUGCCAAACUUGAAUGUUUCGUUUUUUCGAAAUUUUUUUUUUUGAUUGUAAUCAAACCAUUCGUUUUGUUUAUCGUUUCAGUUAUUUGUCAAAGUCAAAUCGUUUUCCUAGAUUUUUUUGUUUUUUCUUUGAUUUGAAUUUCAACAACAACAAAAAAAACCCGAAGCAAAAAAUGGUCAAACCAUUGGCCGAUGAAAAACCUCGUACAGGUAAACCGGAUGAAGAUGAAGAUCGUAUGACAAAAGAUUUAGCUGAAGAUGCUGUUUGGAAAAAAAUGCAACAAAAUACAUUUACCCGAUGGGCAAAUGAACAUCUUCGUACUGUUAAUAAACAUAUAGCCGAUAUAACAACUGAUUUUAGUGAUGGUAUACGUUUAAUUGCAUUGGUUGAAGUUUUAUCUGGUAAACGUUUACCAAAUUAUAAUAAAAGACCAAAAGUUCGUGCACAAAAAAUUGAAAAUGUUAAUAUUGCAUUACAAUUUUUAAAAAAUGAUGAAAAAAUUCGUAUCGUUAAUAUUGAUAGUAUCGAUGUUGUUGAUGGUAAAGUAAAAUUAAUCUGUGGUGUAAUGUGGACAUUAAUUUUACAUUAUUCAAUAUCAAUGCCAAUGUGGGAAGGUGAAGAUGAAUCAAUGUAUAAAGAAAAAGGUGGUCCAUCACCUAAACAACGUUUAUUAGCUUGGAUACAGAAUAAAGUACCCGAUGUACCAAUUAAUAAUUUUACAACCGAUUGGAAUAAUGGUAUUGCACUUGGUGCAUUAGUUGAUGCAUGUGCACCUGGUUUAUGUCCUGAUUGGGAUAAAUGGAAACCAAAUGAAUCAUUAAAAAAUGUACAAAAUGCAAUGAAAACUGCUGAAGAAUUUCUUGGUGUUGCACCAUUGGUUACACCAGAAGAAAUGAUUAAUCCAAAAGUUGAUGAAUUAUCAAUGAUGACAUUUUUAUCACAAUUUCCUAAUGCAAAAUUAAAAGAUUCAGCACCAACAAAACCAAGACAUAAUCCUAAACGUGUCCGGUGUUAUGGACCUGGUAUACAAAAAACUGGUGUUACAAAUGGUGCUAAAACAAAUUUUACUGUUGAAACAUUUAGUGCUGGUGAUGGUGAAGUACAAGUAUUUCUUGAAGAUCCAAAAGGAAAACAAACACCUGUUGAUGUUAAAUUUAAUGAUGAUGAUGCAAAAACCUAUACCUGUACUUAUACACCAAAAAUGGAAGGAAAACAUAAAGUUAUUGUCAAAUAUUCAGGUACUGAAGUACCAAAAUCACCAUUCGAAGUUGAAGUUAAAGGUAAUCCAGGUGAUCCGGCUAAAGUUAAAUGUGAAGGUCCUGGUUUAAAACCAAAAGGACCACAAGUUGGUAAACAAACUUAUUUUGAUGUCGAUACAAAUGGUGCCGGUAUUGGUCAGGUUGAAGUUGUUAUAACUGAUCCAAAUGGUAAAACAAAUUCAGUACCAAUGCGUUUACGACAAGAUGGUGAUGAUGAAAAGAAAUAUCGUUGUGAAUAUGUUCCACAAUUACAAGGUCCACAUCAAAUUGCUGUGAAUUUUGCCGGAAAACCAGUACCACAAAGUCCAUUUAAAACUAAUGUUGCACCACCAUGUGAUCCAAGAAAAGUACGUGCAUUUGGUCGUGGUUUACAACCGACUGGUGUUCGAGUGAAUGAUAUUGCUGAUUUUCGUGUUACAACUGAAGGUGCUGGACCAGGUACACCAAAAAUCAAAGUUAUCGGACCUGAAGGCAAAGAAGUUAAAUGUACUAUACUUAAAGCUAAAGAUGGUUUUACUUAUAAUUGUGAUUAUAAACCAUUAAAAGAAGGAAAAUAUAUUGUUGAAGUUUCAUUUGGUGAUCAAGAAAUUUUUCAAAGUCCAUUUGAAGUUCAAGUUGGUCCAUUAAUCGAUAGUAAAGUUGUUGCAUAUGGUCCCGGAUUAAAAGGUGGUAUUGUUGGUUAUCCGGCUAAAUUUACUGUCGAUACUAAUGGUGAAACAGGUACAUUAGGAUUUUCAGUUGAAGGACCAUCAUAUGCAAAAAUUGAAUGUAAUGAUAAUGGUGAUGGAUCAGCUGAAGUUAUUUAUCAUCCAACUGCACCCGGUGAAUAUGCAGUUCAUAUUACUGUUGAUGGUGAAGAUAUACCUAAAUCACCAUAUUGUCCAAUUAUUGUACCGAAAACUGAUUUCAAACCUGAAUUAGUUACAGCAACUGGACCAGGAUUAAAUCCAAAAGGUGUUGUUAUUGCACAACCAACUGAAUUUACUGUUGAUACUAGAAAAGCUGGUGGUAAAAAGAUACCAUUAGAAAUUUCUGUUAUGGAUAAUACUGAUUAUCGUGAAGUUGAAACAAAAAUUACCGAUAAUAAAGAUGGUACAUAUAAAGUUAAAUAUACACCAGAUAAAUUGGGUAAACAUACUGUACAGAUUAAUUAUGGUGGUCAAGCUGUUGCUAAAAGUCCUUAUCGUGUUGCAGUUGGUGGUGUUGCUGAUCCAUCUAAGAUUAAAUUAUAUGGUCCUGGAUUGGAAAAAGGUGUUAAACCGGGUAAAACAACACAUUUUAUUGUUGAUGCACGAUCAGCCGGUUCAGGUGAAUUAAUUCCACAGAUUAAAGAUGAAAAAGGCAAUGAUGUACCAACUGCUGUUACUGAUCAUCAAAAUGGACAAUAUACUGUUGAAUAUACUGCCCCGAAUCCAGGCAAAUAUAAAGUUAAUGCUACAUUUGCUGGUAAACAAAUUCCUAAAUUACCUGUUGAUGUUAAUGUAACACCAGCUGCUGAUGUAUCGAAAGUAAAAAUCGAAGGAUUAGAACCAAAUCAAUAUUCAUCUUGUAUCAACAGUUUUACUGUUAAUGCACAAGGAACAGAAAAAUCUGGUGAUGGUAAAAUUUCCUGUACAAUUCGUUCACCAACUGGUAAAAAAAUACAUAAUUCAGUUGAAAAUAAUAAUGAUGGUACAUAUAAAGUUAAAUAUAUUCUACCUGAAGAAGGCGAAUAUACAUUUGAUUGCAAAUAUGAUGAUAGUCAAAUACCUGGUAUGCCACAAAAAAUUAAAGCCAAAGCUGGUUUUGAUCCGAAAAAAGUUAAAGUAUUUGGACCCGGUAUUGAAAAAGGUUAUGCUAAUCAACCAAAUGAAUUUACUGUUGUUACUGCUGGUGCUGGUAAUGGUGGUUUAGGUAUUGCAAUUGAAGGUCCAUCUGAACCAAAAGUUACCUGUAUUGAUAAUCGUGAUGGUUCAUGUACUGUUCAAUAUAUACCGGAUGAUCCAGGAAAUUAUAAUAUUGCUGUUAAAUUUGGUGAUCAACAAGUACCAGGUAGCCCAUUUAAAGUACCUGUUCAAGGUGAAGUUGAUGCAUCAAAAGUUACAGCAUCUGGUCCUGGUGUUGAUCCAAAUAAUUGUCGUGCAACUGAUUCAUUAUCAUUUAAAGUGAAUGCAAAAAAAUCGGCUAAAGCACCGCUUGGUGUUGAAAUUAGUACCGAUAAAGGUCCAAUUGCGGAUAAACCAAUUAUUAAAGAUAAUAAUGAUGGUACAUAUGAUGUCAGCUAUAAACCACCACCAGAAGGUAGUCCAUGUAAUGUUAAAGUUACUUAUGGUGGUAAAGAUAUUAAGGGCAGCACAUUUAAAAUGCAAGUGAAAAAGAAAUCCGAACCAAACAAAGUAAAAAUCAGUGGUUUAAAGGAAAAAGUUCCGGCAAGUAUUCCGGCUGAAUUUAUUGUCGAUACCAAAGAUGCUGGUAUUGGUGAUUUACAAGUGGCUAUUAUGAAUCCAAAAGAUAAAGGAAUUCGUUAUUGGAAAACCGAUUUCAAAGAUGGUACAUACAAAAUUACUUAUAUACCGGAAGAUAUUGGUGAACAUAAAGUUGUUGUUAAAUUUGAUGGACAAGAAGUUGCACCACCAAUCAAAGUAGAUGUUACACAAACUGGUGAUGCUAGUAAAUGCAAAAUUGUCGAUGGUGAAUUAAAGGAUAAAUGUAAUGCCAAUGAAGAAUAUACAAUAAAAGUUGAUGCAUCACAAGCCGGUCCUGGAUCAUUAACCUGUAAAGUUACACGUGUAACAUCAUCAUCCGAAAGUAAGGAAACUGUUACGGAAAGAAUUGAAACAACACCAACUGGCGGUAAACGUUUGAUUCGUGAAACAAGACGUGAAACAAAAACACAAACUGAACGUGAAACACAGGAAAAUAUUGAUUGUAAAGUUGUACGUAAUCCGGAUGGAACUUAUAGUGUUAAUUAUAAAGUUAAACAACCGGGUAAUUAUACAAUCGAAAUGAAAUUUGGUGGUCAACCAAUACCUGGUGGUGUACUUCAAUUUACUGUUGAUUAGACAAAAAUGAAAACUAACCCCAAUGUUAUUCGGAAUGUAACGUUCUUUUUUUUCUAACCCUUUCUUUGUUAUUUUACCGAAUAUAAUGAAUAUACUAAUAUUA